AUGGAAAUGGACAUCGACCCGAGCCCCGCACACCAGCGCACCUCGCGCAAGCACCUACGCUCUAGCGACGACGAGGACUGCGAUUGGAGCUCAGACAUCUCUGGACAAUUCGACGAUGCCGAGGAGGCGCACCCAGAUGACCACCGGUCUCCGGCAGGAAACCUAGCCAAACGACGUCGCUCGAAUGACUGGCCGUUGCCCGAGGAAGCCGCUGAUUACGGAGCCCAUGAUCGCCGCGCCCAACGGGGUGAAAACGGAAGUCUCAGCACGAGCGGAAAUGGUUCAGGCUACAAGUCCUCGCCCCGCGCUUCACCCCGCGGAUCGCUCGCUUCGCUGCGCGCUCGCCAUGCUGCGGCAUCUGCUUCUAGCUCCCGUCGUCCCAGAGGACGGACAUCGCGAUUCGUCGAAGCGACUAUGAAUGAUAGUGUGAGCGAGAAACCGCCCAGUAUCUACUUUCAGGAGGAAAACAAACAGCCUGGCAUUCAGCACCGCUCGUCUGGUAUUUUUCGUUUUGGGAAGGCUAUUGCUUCGGCGUUUAAUCCCUUUGGUGGAUGGGGGAAGAACUCGGAGGGUUCGCCUGCUAAGUCGCCGCAGAAGGAUGUCAUCAAUCAGGCGGAGCAGGCCUAUGCGGAAUUGAAGAAGGCUGGCUACAAGGGUACGAAUAAGGGCCAUUAUACUGAGAGUCUUGGUGUCAGCACUACCCUCGCCGACCAGACCUGGCGGUCCAUACAGCACAAGAUGGAAUACGGUUCUCCAGCCAAAGGUUCUCCAGUCAAAGACCCGUAUCGUCACCCAAUUGAACAAGGGAACCAUGGUGCACCUUUACGGUCUGAGUCCUCGGCUUCCAAGCGCUCCUCUCUUCAGGAUCUUCGCCUAGCCAAGUCAUUCUUCAAAUCCCAUGGAUCGCCAUCUGCUUCGCCAGCAGUGUUUUGCGAUAGAACUUCCGAUGAAUACGAGCAAACUGGACUGCGCAAGCAACCCUCCCGCAGGGAACUCUCGCGCCAGACCAAACUGCUCAAGAAAGUUAGCAAUCUCGAGGACAAGCUGCAACGUGCCCGGCAAGAGCUCCGUGAGCUCACAGGCAACGAGGAGCGGCUCCCAGCACCUAUGACUCAACCAAAACCCAUCAAUACCGAGAUGGAUCCCGCAUUGUUCCCAAGGAAGUUUGUCCCUGGUGCCCUUCCCACUCUGCCGUCGGAAAGGCUUCUAGAUCAACAGGCCGCAGAACACGAGGCGUCUGGAUCUGAAGCGGCCAAUCUGACAGCCCUACCAUCUGUGGAAAGCCGCGAAACUUUCUCCUUUGAAGAAUCACGACCGCCUCACACCCCGGCUACAAGCCAAAGUCCAAAAUGGCGCUCGAAAGGGACACAGCCGUCGUCAAUGGGUAAGGACCGCUCCUCCCGUAAACGGAAGUCUUCCAUUCCUGAAUCUAUCGAUAGUGGGAACCCUCUUCAGCCCAGUCCGACGAAAGGCAUCGACGAUCAAGAACGCGGUCCCGAACUCAAUGUUCUGAUUGACUCCGGUCUACUUAGCCCACCGGGAAAAGCGAAAUGGCCGAAAUCCGAGGCCGGCGAGAGCCCCGGCUCAGCCAAGCGCAAGCAGGCCACCGACCACGCAGCUCCCCCGAGCGAGCACGAAGAGAAGGAUACGGGAGGAAGUACAAGUGCCACGCGCAACAUCAAAAGUUCCAAGCCCACAACCCCUACCCGCAUGAAAAAGAGCCAGACCAAUAAGCGCCCAGCCUCUUCUCCUGCCGCUGCCUCGGACGAUGAUUCGCGUUCCAAUAUCUGGUCUACGCCUCUGUCUGCUCCGCCAAGUAACUCCCACCGCGAAGCCUUCUACCACCACCCACAGCGCCAGCUCAAUCCUGACCGUAGCCCUCGCACCCCGACACGGUCGAAGACGUCUCCUAGUCGCAGGCGGUCCGGAUAUCUCCGUGACGAUGAUAUUCCGCCCGUACCGCCUCUCCCUGAAGAGCAUCGCUCGAGUGCUGCUAAGGUCAAGGUCGAUGUGAAUAGGUCGCCUAAAAAGAGGCCUGUGUCUGCUCCAGUGAUUUCUCCUUCGUCGGCUUCUGUUGGGGAUUCUGUGAUUUCUGGCCUUGAAGAUUACCAAUGGCCUGAGGAUAUUUUCUAA